GCCCGACUACUUCCGCCUACGAAACUGACACGACGUCACACGCCGACCUACGAACCCCCACACGGGAAAAAGUGACAGACUAGUAGACGGUUUCGGUGGUGAGAGAAUGGUGAUAUUGUACUACAAAUACAGCUUAAAUGAAUUACAGUGAGAAACAGAUCGGAGGAAGAUCCCUGUUGGAGCUGCCUGUGGUAUACUGCACAGGGUUUGAUCAACGCAGUCUGAGUUUACCCAGCAGUGAGCGUUUGUGUGUUUGAGUGCUUGAGAGCAGUUGCUCUGGGGUGGGGGUUGCGGGUAGGGACGGCUGGACGACGGUACCCCCCAUGUCGACCCGCAGCUGCCCAGCCAGUGAUGUGGACUGUAGCGUCUCUGAGGAGAGCCGCCCCUUUGGUGAUGUGGAGCUGACUGAAAUGGGGCCUCUGCUUGAAGAGGGGUCCACAGAACAAGGAGGCCCGUCGACCCUUCAAGACACAGAGGAUGAGGAGGAUGAAGACAGCGUACGGGUGAUUACAUUGCCUCUGCAGGCCCACCAUGCUAUGGAGAAGAUGGAGGAGUUCGUGCACAAGGUUUGGGAGGGUCGCUGGAGGGUCAUCCCAUACCACCUGCUGCCCGAGUGGCUGAAAGACAACGACUACCUUCUGCACGGACACCGGCCCCCCAUGCCCUCCUUCCGUGCCUGCUUUGGGAGCAUCUUCAGGAUCCACACAGAGACGGGAAACAUCUGGACGCACCUCCUGGGGCUGAUCCUGUUCCUGUGUUUGGGCACUCUCACCAUGUUGAGGCCCAACAUGUCCUUCACGGCCCCACUGCAGGAGAAGGUGGUGUUUGGGAUGUUCUUCUUGGGCGCUGUGCUCUGUCUCAGCUUCUCCUGGCUCUUCCACACAGUCUACUGCCACUCUGAGAAAGUGUCCCGCACCUUCUCCAAGCUGGACUACUCGGGAAUUGCCCUCCUGAUCAUGGGCUCCUUUGUGCCCUGGCUCUACUAUUCCUUCUACUGCUCCCCACAACCACGCCUCAUCUACCUCUCUGUGGUGUGCAUGCUGGGAAUCGCCGCCAUCAUCGUCGCUCAGUGGGAUCGCUUCGCCACACCCCGCCACCGGCCCACUCGCGCAGGGGUCUUCAUGGGUCUGGGACUGAGUGGGAUUGUACCCACAAUGCACUUCACCAUCGCGGAAGGCUUUGUCAAAGCCACCACAGUGGGCCAGAUGGGCUGGUUCUACCUGAUGGGUGCCAUGUACAUCACAGGCGCUGGGCUCUACGCAGCUCGUAUCCCUGAGCGUUUCUUCCCCGGCAAAUGCGACAUCUGGUUCCAGUCACACCAGAUCUUCCACGUUCUAGUGGUGGCAGCUGCCUUCAUCCACUUCUAUGGGAUAUCCAAUCUGCAGGAAUUUCGCUAUGGGCUGGAAGGAGGAUGCACAGAUGACUCUCUGCUCUGAAUGAUGCCUCAUCCCCUCCCACAAUCUCCCCUUUCAGUGAAGAAGGCCCUGGUCCUUUACCAAGUGCCUCUCAGGUUAUGUUAUUAACAUCACUCCUCCCCUACUUCUUCCUACUGUGGCUUUUUGAUGACCGACAUUUUGGGCUGAUUUGAUCUGCCCUUCCAGGCACUGGAAGGGUCCAUAAUGGUGGUGGGUUAUCUUACUGCUGCUGGGUAGAAACCAGACAGGGAGUGGGAGGACAUAGGGAGGAGGGUGUUGCAGUGCUGCUUCAGCACUGUAUGUUCCAUCUUUGUUCUUAGUCCUGAGGGAGUUGCUUUGGUGGGCACUCAUGUCUAUCACGGGAAAAUAUAAGAACUGGGGAGCUGCAUAAGUAAGUACUGAGGACUUGUGCAGCACAGAGCAAGUAUGAAAAACAGAAGCCAUAACUAGGGACUGAAGGUGUCAGAGUAGUACUGCUCAGCUCUCAUUCCUGCAGCCUGUAGUAUUGCAGGAGCUUGUUAAAGUAAAUUCUAUUCUCUCUUUUUUUUUUUAACUGAUUUAGACUGUUUCACUAAAAGUUCCCAUUUGGUAAAUAACUUAACAAGGCCACUGCUGUGUCCUGCAUGAAUUAUAUGAAGAAGCUGGCAGUCUUCUGCUCUAUGCUUUGAAGUUCCUAUAGUAUGUGGCCUUACAGGAAUGAGAGUUGAGCAGUCCUUUGGUACACGCUGUUUCUGAGAAAAGGUCCAGGAGCUUGGGUGCUGUUCUUGGCUCGUACUUGCUGUCCCUCAUCACAAAUGUUCAUGGCAAGCUAGUGUAGAGUUAGGAACCAGUCUGUCACGAGUCUCAGUAGUUUGUGACAGCCUCGGUGGUCACAGGUAAGUUUUUAAUGAUUAAACUGAGUGGAACGAUAGCACUCAAGGUGACUAAGUAGCAUCAAACAAUAAACUCGGUCAAAGUAAAUGUGAAACUCUCGAAAUUAGCAUUGUUUAUAGACACAUAGGGGUUUACACUUAUUACGGUGAACAAGUACUGCUGAACAUAAAAGUGAACAUAUUGCACUUAAAAUAUGUUCAUGCAAUAAUUGUCUGGUGUGAUUUCAAUGGUGUUAGGCACACUUAAACGUCUUGAUAUAUUUGACAGAUAUUUCGAUGGCUGGAAUUGUGGGUGCAGGGUCAUUGCAUUCCCUACCCUUGCUCUAUCGGUAGUUGUAUUUAAGAAAGCAUCUCUGCUGAAAAUAGCAAAAUCCGCAGUAUCGGAGGCUUAUCAUUCACCUUUGUUUAAUGUUGAAUCUGCUGUAAUCGUGUAAAGAGCACACCACUAUAAAUGUAUCCAUUCCAGGACAUUGUUUUGUAAUAGAUUUUCUCACGCAUACACAGUUCGAACAUUCGCUGAACGGUAAUGUGACAGAUAUCGCUAUUUCAGUAUGGAGCUACACACCUUGCUACUCAUCUAACGUUUGUGCAUAGUAAAUAGAAAUGUUGAUUUAGUGAAGCUAACUGUAAAAUACAAUUGAAAAUGUAUAUCGUAUAUAAUUUAAAGGUAUUUAAAAAGAUCUAAAUUUAGUACUCCUGUGCCUUAUGCCAAUGAAAAUAAAGUGUGCUGUUGGGGAGGGGGAGACUUUAAUGGCCUGAUUAAGUGUUAAUGGGAGACGAUUCUGGUUUCAGAAUUAAUGAAGUAGGUCAACCUUAUCUCUUUGGAGGAAAUGUUUCUAUUUUAUGAUUUUAAUGCUUUAUACCCAAAUAUAAUAGCUGAUUGAAAUGACUUAAACCAGUGGUUGAAGUGGAGAAAAACAGGUGCUGGACCUCUCCUUGUUAUUCAGCACCAGCAGAUGCUGAAAAAUGCCAGUACUUUGAAGAGAAAAACGAAGAGGCGCAAAUACUGCGUCCCGGCGAGUACGGAACCACUUCAAGCACUGACUGAAACACAACCUUUCCAACUGCUGUAAACAGAUUUUAGGAUUGUUAACAAUGACUCUGUUGUGUGUGCGCACACACGUAACUUUGUGCUCGGUUUUUCGUUGUCGAUCAAUGAACAACUGAAAUACGUUGUCCACAUAAGUGUAAACUGUUACAUUAAAUAUUUAACAAUAGCAAAA